AUGUCGGUUAACAUGGGUAUCCAGCAGGCUACUGCUGCCACAACCGGCACCGCUGUCACCGCUGCCACCGCUGUCACUGCUGCUGCUUCCACCUCUGCCUCCGCUGCCACCGCCACUGCUGCCCCUGUUUCUUCCUCCAGUCUGGUGCUGACAACGCCGACAGUAGCCCCUGCUGCCCAGCCCGAGACGACCGAGGUCCAGCAGGUCGAUGACUCUGGCGAUGGCUCCGCUCCUGAGGCCGCCAGCGACGGCGAGCAGCAACAGCAGCAGCAGCAGCAGGAGCCAUCCAAUGAGCAGUCCCAGCACGACGGCCCAGCCAACAACCAGCGCCGUAACGACCGCCGCGGUCGCCGUCGUCAGGACCGCAACCGCAGCAACGACCGCGCUGGCCGCUCGGGUCCUACUGAGCAGAUGCGCGUUGCUGUCGUCGACAACCAGUUCCAGCCGCUCAUGAUGACCGAGGGCGCUGGCUGCCCGCUCGAGUACCACGGCUCGUCGGCGUGCCUCGAGGAUAGCGCCAAGAACCAGUACCUGGAGUGCGUGUGGGGCAAGGUGAUCCGUGUCACAUGCCCCUCGGGCGCUACCUGCCAAGCCACCCCGGGCGUCGCCAGGGCCACUACGUGCGAGGCAUAA